AUGGAUAUGGACAAGGUCAACUCCAUGGACUUCGGAGACUUUGUGGAAGUGUUUGGGAAUGUCAUAGAGAGAUGUCCUCUGAUUGCGGCCGCCGUGUGGUCUCAGCGCCCCUUCUCUGACCUGGAAGAUUUGGAGGCACGGUUUUGUGCCUUUAUCGAUGUCCUUCCACAGUCAGGCCAAGAGGGCAUCCUGCGCUGCCACCCAGACCUGGCGGGCCGCCAGCUGCAGCGGGGCACGCUGACCGCGGAGUCGCAGCGCGAGCAGAGCGCCGCGGGCCUGCAGGGUCUGGGCGCCGAGGAGCGGCGCCGGCUAGCUGAACUCAACGCUCAGUAUCGAGCGCGCUUCGGCUUCCCCUUCGUGCUGGCGGCGCGCCUACGCGACUCCGCCGCCGUGAUGAGCGAGCUAGCGCGCCGGCUACACUGCCCUCCGGCGCAGGAGCUGCGCACGGCGCUGGGCGAGGUGAAGACCAUCGGCCGCCUGAGACUCCGCGACCUGCUCGGCGCCGACCCCGCCCGACUGUAG